AACGAUUUAUAACAACAUGGGACCGUUCCAGCAUCGACAGGCUAGUCGUGCGCUGUGGCGACGGAUUGAGCCAUGGACGAGGUGUCAAGUGCGCCAAUUGGCGACUGAAUCAACACGCUCCACGAAGGCAUUGGUGUCCGACUUCAUGGACAAGUACCAGUCUGCAUCGUCCACGGUGUCGUUAAUCCACCAAGUGCUGGCAACCCCGCAGCACGCGGCUGACCUGCUGCGACUGCGACAUGCUACGAGUCAUGCUUCGUUGUGGGACGACCCAGUGCAAGCUGCUAGUCUCUUGCAGCAGCUGAGCGUGUUGGAGAAACGAGAUACGGUGGCGACCCAAUUGACCCAGACACUCGACGACACCAAGGAAUUGUUUGACAUGGCCAUGGACGAGAAUGACGUGAGCGUACUUGACGACUGCGUGGCGACGGUAGACGACGCCGAGGUCACGGCCAAGAACCUUCGGGCGGCGCUGCUCUUGUCCGAACCCACAGACCCGUCGUCGUGUUUUGUGGAGAUUCAUGCUGGAGCGGGUGGGACAGAGAGCGGCGAUUGGGUGGAAAUGCUCUUGCGCAUGUACACGAGAUGGGCGGAAGCGCAUCCAGAUGGGUAUCGAGCGGAGGUGGUGCACGCCGUGCUUGGCGAAGAGGCUGGCUAUCGCUCAGUGUGUGUCCGGAUUGAUGGGAGCUACGCCUAUGGGUGGCUCAAGACCGAAGGUGGAGUCCACCGUCUCGUGCGCAUUUCACCGUUCGACAGCCAGUCACGACGUCACACUUCGUUUGCCCAAGUUCGGGUGUUUCCGCUGGCAGCACGUGGAGACACCAAGGUCGUAGCGCCUGAGAUUUCGACCAAACACUUGCGCAUCGACACGUUUCGAGCGUCUGGGCCUGGUGGACAGCAUGUGAAUAAAACGGAGAGCGCGAUCCGCAUCACGCACUUGCCCACCAAUAUCGUCGUGCAGUGUCAGUCAGAUCGGUCGCAGCACCGCAAUAAGGACACGGCCAUGGACAUGCUUCGGGCGCGAUUGCUUCAACUGGCGCUCUUGGAACAGGACGUCGAAAAGAAAAAGUAUACCCAAGGCUUGGGCGACAAUGCGUGGGGAAGCCAGAUCCGAUCGUAUGUGCUGCACCCGUACAAGAUGGUGAAAGAUCACCGAACCAACAUGACAUGUGCGAAUGCCAAAGGUGUCCUUGAUGGCGAUAUCUCCCCGUUCAUCCAACAAGUCCUCGUAGCCUCGGCGUCGAUUAAGCCCCCUACCUAACAUGCAAUCGAGAGCUGUGCAACCUAUACGUAUACCUACUGUACCGUACUACCCUUGGCUACCACUGCUUCAUCUUAAUACUAAGUACAAUAGUAAUAAU